AUGAGCUAUAAGGAUUCGAAGAGCUUCAGAAGCGAUCGAGAUGAAUGGGAUACCUUAACGAAGGGGGGAUCCGACAGCAGCAAGAAAACACAAGAUCCGAGUCUCAAAACCAAUAUAGAUACGUCUCAAAAAGUGAAGACUACGGAAGCUUCAACUGGAGCUGUCAAAAGUGAUUUUUCAACUAGGAGUGUAGGUCGCUUGACCAAUCCAAAACUUUUGAAGAAACCAAGUGAUCGAUUUGGCCCUAAGUAUGUGCUAUAA